AUGAAGAAAACCUCAAAGUCGCGAAAGAAAGUCGUGGAGAAUACAAAGACGCCGAUUCCGGCCACGGCGGCCAAUCUCAAUGAGAUUAGCCAACUGCGCAGGAGAUAUUAUAGUGCUCAAGUGUACGCGCAGACACAAGUGCACUCUCUAUUCCUAUCACUCUCAUACUCCGGUGGGACGACCACUCGACACGACCGCAGAGGGUGGCGGGUGGUAGGAAGGAGCGCGCGGCGCGGUGCGAGGGCGCGCGCGGCAGGUGACCAGCGGUCCGUGCGGCUCAUGUGGGCGGCGGGCGCGUGCUGCUCACGCCAAGCAGGCGAGGGCGGCGCAACGCGCACCCCUGUCAAGACGUUCCAGGCGUACCUGCCGCCGGCGCAUCGCACAUACAGCUGUAUACACUGUCGCGCUCAUCUCGCCAGCCAUGACGAGCUUAUAUCAAAGUCGUUCCAAGGCAGUCAGGGGCGCGCGUAUCUAUUCAAUUCAGUUGUAAACGUGGGCUGUGGACCGGCGGAGGAGCGUGUGCUGCUCACGGGGCUGCACGCCGUGGCUGAUAUUUACUGCGAAUGUUGCAAAACCAUGCUGGGUUGGAAAUAUGAGUACGCGUUCGAAUCCAGUCAAAAAUAUAAAGAAGGCAAGUUUAUAAUAGAACUUGCACAUAUGGUGAAAGAGAACGGGUGGGAC